UCCCUGCAUGCAAAACACAGGCUGCACUCUGCACACACACAGACACACACACACACACACUGUCAUAACGUAAUACACAGAGCUGAAAGGUCAACUUUACGAUACACAAAUAUCACAACGCUUGAAAAGGUGGCUGAAAAGUUUCCGUUUUCACCGUAAAAUGUGUGGAAGAACUGCGUGCACUCUUGCUCCUGACGAGGUGAGCCGAGCCUGCUCGUACAGAAACCGAGGCGGGCAGCGGAGGCAGCCCCGCUGGAGGGAUGGAGAUGCGGACAAAUACCGACCCUCCUACAACAAGACCCCACAGUCCACGAGCCCCGUCCUGCUGUCGCAGAGACACUUUGAUAAGGAUGCCCCUGUUGAUGAGUGCGUGUUGGCCUCCAUGCGUUGGGGCCUGGUACCUGCCUGGUUCAGGGAGAAAGACCCCAGCAAGAUGCAUUACAACACCAGCAACUGCCGCAGUGAGAACAUCUUGGAGAAGAAGUCAUACAAGGACCCCCUGAUAAAAGGGCAGCGCUGCGUCAUCCUCGCUGAUGGAUUUUAUGAGUGGAAGAGGCAGGAAAAACACAAGCAGCCUUUCUUCAUAUACUUCCCUCAGACUCAGGGAACCAGCCAGGAGAAAACAGAGGAUCCGGAUGACCCCACGACCUCAGCUCGCAAUAAGGACAACUCAGAGACAGCGUGCCCUCCAGAGGAGGCCUCCCCUGACUUGACAGAGGGUGGAGAAGGUGAGUGGACUGGAUGGAAGUUGCUGACUAUGGCUGGACUGUUUGACUGCUGGACACCUCCAGGUGGUGGAGAACCUCAUUACACGUACAGUGUAAUCACUGUGAAAGCCUCCCCAAAUCUGGAAAGCAUCCAUGACAGGAUGCCAGCGAUUCUGGAUGGAGCCGAGGAAGUGAGAAGAUGGCUGGAUUUUGGGGAGGUGAAGUCUCUAGAUGCCUUGAAGCUGCUCCAGUCUAAAAACACUUUGACUUUUCAUCCCGUCUCUUCACUAGUAAACAACUCUCGCAACAACUCUCCAGAGUGUCUUCAGCCGGUGGAUCUUAACAGCAAAAAGGAGCCCAAGCCCACAGGCAGCAGUAAGAUGAUGAUGAGCUGGCUGACAAACAGUGCACCUUCAAAGAGGAAGAAGCCCAACGCAUGUGAGAGCAAAGAAGACGACGAAAGCAAAGCCAAGGCUCAGAGAAAGUCUCCAGGGGCACUUCAGCAGUGGCUUCAGGGAGCCAAGAAGAAACCAAGAACCACAUGAAGAAAUGAACCAGGACUGAAAACUCUGCAGUAUUUAAAAGACCAUAGGCCAGUUUACCACUGUAUAUUAACAAGUGUGAGAAAAACUUAUGAUUUAGCUUAGUUUUUAACUGUUUUAAAUGUAUAAAAAAAUGCCACACAGAUACUAUUUCCUACCAAAAUGUUCCCAAUAAAUGUUUGAAAUAACCACUGCAUGCUUUAUUCAAGAUUUUUAUUACCCUUAUUACUCGAAACGCAAAGACAUUUUGAAACAAUGUAGAUGCUAUGCAUUUAUCAUAUUAAUAAUAUAAUAAUGAUGAAUGCCAAUACCCCCCCCCCCCCCACAUUUUUUUCUUCUUUCAAAGUUACAGUAUGUAUGCUAUUUUGUAAUCUAUAAUGCAUUUCAAAGUUUAAACAUAAUACGAACAGACAGUUAAAGAUCUGAUCGGUUAAAAGAAAUGUCAAGCACUUAAAUUGUUUGCCAACAUGAGCAACUGGCAGAGUCGGAUAUGGAGAUUUACAACACAACUUUUUGUCUUCCCCAUACAAUGAUUGAGAGGUUUGCAAAUAUACAAAGUAAUGCAAUAGUCGAAAGUAAAAAGAAACGUACUAGCUAAUAGUACUCAGCUAUGAGUGAUAUUUAUACUUGAGAAAAAUCUCUCCCCUCCAUGCUGUCUCGAUUUGGUUCAUUCUCACGUCAAAUGUAGUUCCACGAGUGACUGAUUAUGAGAUGAACCUUAAUUUCACAGCAUAUAGUGUGUUAGGGACCGCGCUUACAUCAAGGAGCCAAGUCUGGAUUCACACGAUGUCCUCAACCUGAGCUACAAUUGCAUUUACUGUGGCUCCUAAAUGAGAUGUGUGAACAUGUCUUCAGUAAUUGUAGAUGAUGGCAAAGUGCAAAAAGGAAAAAAAAACAAAAAAUGCGUACUAGUCUGA